AUAAGAUCGUUUCUGUUUGGAGGACCAGUCCGUAUCCUCAUGUCAUAUCAUCCGUAAGAGGUGCAACUUUAUAGGAUGUUACAGGAUGAAGAGUCGCGGUGUAAGUCACCUUCCGUCUCUUCAGCUGGUCAUCAUUGCGGAUGAGAAGCCUGCCAUUAACGCCCUUCAAAUCGAUCACCUGCAAAUUCUUUCGAGAUGGAGUAUACGAUAGUAAAAUCGUUGCUAUUUGCGGCAGCCUAUGAUGCAAUUCCUUUGUCACGGCCCAGAAUUAGCUGCACUAUUUGUAUAUUUAUACGAAAAUGGAGCUCUAGUACGUCGUGCUCACCGCCGCACGUGUCAACAAAGCUCUCAAUAUUUUCGGACAACCUCUAAAUGUAGUGUGUUUUCUUGUCAAAAUUCUCUGAAACACACGUAUCUGACAAGGCCCAGCGUCACUUACUAUCCAUUCCCGAAAGAAAAGGACUUGAUUAACUCAUGGAAGCAGUUUUGCAAUAAACCUGAUGGCGAUUGUGAGGACUCCUUUGUAUGUUCGGACCACUUUAUGCCUGACGAUUUCGUCUAUUCUUGCGGAGCUAAUCGCAAUGUUCGCGUUUUGAAAUCAAACGCCGUGCCGUCUGUAUAUAAGGCUGAAUUUAAGCAGGAAGAGGAAGAUCCUUUUUCAAUGGAUGAAGAGAGUGGCAUGAGUGGACCAGGGCCUGCUUCAAAAACUCAAAUUUGUGCAGUUGAUGGUUGUACAUCACAUGCGCGGCAGCGAGCUGGAAUCACAUACCACCCGAAGAAAAUUAUUCUGCAAGAUAUUCCAAUUGAAGGCCGCGAAUCCCCAGCUAAAGAGAAGUUUGUUAGCCUUCUUAAAGAACAUUCGAUUAUUUUUGACACUUCAAUUGCCGCAAAUAUACGUUUUCGGAAAGCUCGUGCCUAUAAAAGUUUGGCGACAGCUUAUAGAAAGAAAUUUGGAAAGCAUAUAACACGUAUCCAGCUACGCAGGAAAAUUGAUGAAAUGACUAAUUAUAUUCGGGAUAAAGUGGCUAGAAACAUAAAAUCGCCUGCUGCUCGUCAGAUUCGGUACAGAAAGUGGGAAGAUGAAUUUAUAAAGCUCUUACAGUCCAAAAAACUUCUAAAUGAAACAGUUGCAAAGGAAGAGGACACUAGUCGAGCAAUUCUCCCAUUCAAUCAAAAUUUGCCUCGCAAUAUACUGAAACCAUUCCUAGAGCAAAAUAAUCAAAUUCAAGAAUUAGCCGCAGAAACCAAUGAAACGGAAAAAUUAACGAACGAGCAACUUCAACGCUUGUUGAAUCUGGAACAACUGAAAUUAGUACGAUUGCAACAGAUGCAGUCUGAAAAAGAAAUUGAACGAUUAAAGUUAAAUUCAAUAAUCGCUACUACAAGAAAGAAAUAAUAGAAAUUAGAUAAGUAGAAAAUUUUAUUGGAAAAGAUAACGUUUUUUAUCUGAAGCGCUUAUUUAUGUACAUUUACUCAAAAUAUUUCUUUUGCUUAUGUCUAUUUAUUUAUGUAAUAUGAUCGAAAAUAUAUAUAUAUUUGCAAGUAGUAGACAUCAAUA